CUAUCCUUUUCGCAGCGCCAUCUUUAGUGAACCGGUAGAAGUAUAUAAUUCGAAAAUUCUUGCGGCUUUCGUUUCAGUUUGAAGUUUUUAUUCCAGAUUUCCGCUUUUCAAGAUUUCGAAGCAAUGGCUGACCUCAAAUCCUCAGAAGUUGAAAAGGCUCGAGAACACUUCGAAAUCUAUGAUUUUGAAGGAGAGGGUAAGAUCGAUGCUAAAGACUUAGGGGAUCUUCUAAGAUCUUUAGACUGUAAGCCGACUCUUGCUACCGUUAAAAAGAAUGGUGGUUCGGAAAAGAAAGGAGAAAAGAAGUUAACCUUUGAAGAAUUUUUACCAAUCUAUAGUCAGAUUAGGAAAGAAAAAGAAAUUGGCACCUUAGAAGAUUUUAUGGAAGGUCUAAAAGUAUACGAUAAAGCAGAGAAUGGAACUAUGCUCGCAGCAGAGUUAGCACAUGUUUUACUUUCACUAGGUGAACGACUGACAGACGCUGAGUGCGAAGAUAUUUUAAGAUCAUGUGGAGGUACCGAAGAUGAUGACGGAUUUCUGAAAUAUGAACCUUUUGCAAGAACUGUUAUGGCUGGGCCUUUUCCAGAAGAAGUCAAGUAAAUUCAUUCUUCCAAUAUUCAGAUGCAAGCCUGCACUUUCCAUAGCCGAAAUAGUGAUGUCAGUGCUUAACAGAAAUAGCAAUGCUCACCAUAAUGUAAUGUACUCCAAAAUUACAUUAACAAGUACCUGAAGUGCAAUGUUGCCUCUAAAGCCACAGUGAUAAUAUUUAUUUGAUGCAUGUACCUCAAACUUCUUGCAGCACAUAAACAAAAAGUGAUUUAAUAAAGUGCCAGGUGAACUCAGA